AUGGACACAAUUUCAGUCAAAAGCGCCACCCCGUUGGGCCUAAGUUUUGAAACUUUGAUACCUGAAUGCGCGAGUAAUUGCGUCUCGUCAAUCCUGGCAUCAGCGCCUGAUGCUCAAACUGCAGUCAAAUACCUUUGCGCUGAGCAGCAACUCCAUGGGGCAGUUGGCUGUGGCUUCCAAAAAUGCUCAGUCAUCGACGGGCUGAAGAGCCAGAGAAUGUUUUUUGACAUUUGUGGCCUCCCGAAUCGAGACCGAGGCACUUCGGCCACUGCCAGCGCCAUUGCGGGUGCUCUCGUGGCUGUGUUCAGCGUUGGAGUCCGCAUGUACUCCCAAAUCUCACGAAUCGAUUACAUUAUGGGCUUGGAUGACUAUGCUUUGAUAUUCUCGAUGUUGAUGUCGGUGCCCAUGAGCGUGGUCGUUGUGUUUACGGUUCAGAAUGGCCUAGGUAAGGAUAUUUGGACGCUUACACCAGAGCAAAUCAACGAGUUCUUCAAGUUCUUCUACAUCGCAGAGCAUUUCUAUGCAUUCACCGUUAUGUUUGCGAAAACAAACUUUCUCUUCUUCUAUUUGCGCUUAUUUUCAGAUGAAAGAUUCAGGCGCCUGACUUGGGGCGUUAUAUGGGCAUGCGUUAUCUCAGCAGUUUCCUUCCUCAUCGCAACUUCAGUUCAGUGUUGGCCCAUCAGCUACACCUGGACUAAGUGGGAUGGCGAGCACCAGGGCCGCUGCCACGAUAUCAACGUUCAAACGUGGGCUCAUGCCUCAGUGAACAUAGCACUUGACGUUGUUGUGGUAGCGAUGCCUAUUUCGCAAAUCGUCAGACUGAAUUGGCGGUGGAAACAGAAGGUUGGUGCCGGCAUGAUGUUCGCUGUCGCAUUUCUGGUCACCAUCGUCUCCAUUCUUCGACUCAGCUCUAUCAGAGAUUUCAUGAAAACUUCAAAUCCGACGUGGGAUAUUGUGCCGAUCUCAAAUUGGUCAUUCGUUGAGUUGAAUGGCUUCAUCUUCUGCUCCUGUAUGCCCGCCUUUAGAGACUACUUCCGCCGCCUAUUUCUUCGCCAGAGAAGAACAGGAGUAAGCUCCGUGUUUGGUAACAGAGGGAGGAUGAGAACCCUUGGAAAUACCGUCGUGCAACCGAGCAAUCGGUUACAUGAGCUGAUUUCAGUCGACAAUGACGGAGAUGAGCCUGACCAUUCACUUCGGGAUAUUAGUCAGAUGGACCUGGGAAUCGGGCAUCUUUCAACCGGUAUCAUGGCCGCUGAAUGUGCCGAAAGCGAACAAGCCUCCCCCAAAGUACCAGUGGUAGAUACUGUACGUCAUGAUGGCGACAAUCAUUCAGAUGAGCGACUUCAUGAGGUGGAUAUCGGUGUCCUGCAGCAUGUGUUGCCAUGGGUAUCUAAAGAGAAACAGAAUGGUGAACGUUCAGGUUCUCGAUUCCCAAGACCAACUCAAAGCUCUCCGUAG